AUGGCCAAUAGAAGAGAACCGGAUCCAAAAAGGAGCACCGAAUCGAUCUGCUCUCUGACUAAACCGCAGCUAUAUUCACUAUAUGAUGACGACGUAGUGAGAUCAGAAGAUAACGAAAUUUAUGAAGAAUUGAAACGGUCUGUAUCUAUAGAUUCUGGCAAAUAUAGUAGAGAUCAAACCAUUGAUUCAACUUUUUACUUGGGCGAUAAGGUUGGCAGCUCGCUGCCAAGGAACACAAUUUCGUCGAAUAACUUGGAAAGGAUAUUAUCAGCUUCAUCCAUUCACGAAAACUUUCCAUCAAGGACCAGGCAAACUCGCCAAAAUGUCCUUCAUUAUUUGCAAGCCGUUUUAAUUUUGUCAUUGAGUGGUUUCGCAUAUCAUGAACUGUCCAGAAACUUGCACGAUAAUCAUCUCUUACACCCAGAUUUUGCAUCUAGACCUCUUCUCCUGGGUGUCAAACUUUGUAACUGGCUAUCCAAUGGUGUUUUGCCCAACUGGUUAGGUUAUGCUGUUGAAGGGGUGUUAUUUGGUUCUGUUAUACCAAUCCUGGAUAAUAUUUUCCAAACGGAGGUUGUCAAGAGUUCUGCACACCAUGAUAGCUUGACCUCUGUUAUUAGAAGUAUUAACGCCAUGUUGGGAGUCACAUUUGGGAUCAGAAAAAUACAGUGGAACUCCUCUUUGCAGGCUGCAGGAGCAUGGGGGCUUUUGAAUGUCAUAUUGUGGCUGUUUUUUGACGGCUCAAUAUCCAUGCUGAUGAGCUGUAUCUGCAUUGGGGCGGGUUGUUGUAUCUCUUGCUAUAAAGAUAUUAUUGACGGUUCCCAAUUUUUAUAUUUCAUGGAUUUUUAUUUCCUUGGUUCUCUAAUGUUCGGCAAACUAGGAAGAUAUCUAUAUUCUCAUUAA